GAUAUAUGUUACUCGCGUAUGCGCGCUUGCAUUUCUUACGAUUCAAAGUCGCAAUUAUUUCAAUUCGUUGCAAGAAGCAUUUCCGGCUAACAAUAGUCAUGCACGAUUGCGCAUGCGCAAUUGGGUGAAUUCUGCAGUAAAUUUUCCUUGGGACAUUAACCCUAGAGUGGUUUGAAACUUCUAUACAAAAAUAUGCAAUUCUUACAUUUCACGUACACUCAUAUCCGUGAAUACCGAUAAUCAUCAGUAUCAUUAGUUGUUAUUGUAAUAUGAUUAUUUUCAAAAUUUACUUCUGUAAAGACACCUCGAUUCUUGUGCAAGCUGCAUGUAUUUUUAGAAACGCCAUAUAAUACCUAUAUAUAGUUUUGGACUUCAGGGAAUAUUUUGUCAAGUCAUACGAUGCUAAAAUAAUAUAUUAGAAACCUAAAAUCCCCAUAAAAAAUGGUCUAAAUAAAAAAUGCAUAGGUCAUAAAACUACAUGAUCACCUGGACGAUUAUUCUGAAUAUAAACUAUUAAUAAAGUUUGUUAGGUACUCAUUGUCAGAUGUGUACCUGAUUGAUGCAAUAAUGCAAAAUCUGAUCGAUUAAUAAUUGUAAUAAGGAAGGUACUCUCGCGUAAGAAAAUUCAUCCCCACUUCGAGUCAGGGAGUGAGUGAGUGAGUGAAUCCAGCACGCUUGUGGACCUACACUGACAAGUCAGUCAGUCAGUCAGUCACUCGAUACCGUAGCUUCACUCAGUUAGUCAGUAAAGUCCCUCCAGGCUACAAUAAAUUUUUCGAGAAAAUUAGAAAAUUACUUACCGAGCAAUCUGAAUCAGUAUCACUUAACGGUAGCCAUUGAUCAAAUCUUUUGCUAUUGGAAUAACCAUCAUUUACUGAUGACUCCUGUCGCACCUCUUCUUUAGAUGCAUCGCUGCCGAGGAAAUGUAUGUUGAAAAACGUGAAAAUCCGAAGUACCACGGGGGUUGUGACACUUACUCUUGGAAUUAGCAUAACCAAAGUAUAUUCAGGGAAUACGAGCUGCCUGAAAAACCAGAAGAAUGACUACGAGAGGCUUGAUGACGUAUUUUGCGAAACUCGACCUUUACGAUUUGAGAUAUUCUAAGGAUAUCCUUUGUACAAGGAUGUUACAGUGAAAAGGCGUUUUGAAAAAUAGUCUUAUUCCUAAAGAUAAAUAUACUCGAAGGAACAGUGACGUAACUGGUUAAUUCUUUCUCUCCUUAAUUAUCAUGAUACUUAUCAUCAUGCUUGGCAUUGUGAUUAUGGGAUAACUUGAGAUCUGAUGAUAUAAGUUGUUGGGAUUAAUGAUGAUGGUGAUUGUCAAUGAUUGUAUGCGAACUUUGAUCACUCAAGAUAUAUUGAUCAGAGCGAUCACCGUCUGUCUUCUCAUCGAUCAAAUUCAAUCAUCUCCUCCAUUGUACGUGAAACCAAUAGAAGACGAAAGUGACUAUGCUAACGUUUUAAAACUUUCGUUACUCUUCUACGAGGCACAGCGCUCUGGAAAACUUACCGAUGAUAACAGAAUAUCAUGGCGUGGUGAUUCUGGGAUGAACGACCGAGGCCUCAAUGGCGAAGACCUCACCGGUGGUUAUUACGAUGCUGGCGAUUUUGUUAAAUUCGGCUUCACGAUGGCCUCGACGACGACGCUGCUAGCCUGGGGCGCCGUCAGCUGGCCGGAAGCCUACGCUGCUGCUGGACAACUCGAAGAGCUUCGUAGAGCCAUAAAAUGGGCUACUGAUUACUUCAUGAAGUGUCACGUCAGCGAAUUUGUUUUCUACGGUCAGGUCGGUGAUUUCUCCUUGGACCAUACCUUCUGGGGACGACCUGAAGAACUGAAUACAACCAGACCAUCUUACAAGAUCGAUCCAGAGCAUCCUGGUUCUGAUCUCGCGGGUGAGACUGCAGCUGCAUUGGCAGCAUCCAGCAUCGUCUUCAGGGACUCUGACUUGGAGUACAGUAGACUCUGUACACGUCACGCUAAAGAGUUGUACAAGUUUGCGAAUACUUAUCGUGGACUUUACCACGAGGCCAUCAGAGGCGCAGCACAGUAUUACGAAAGUACUGAUUACGGAGAUGAACUUGCAUGGGCUGCAACAUGGUUGUUCAAGGCUACCAAUGACACGAGGUACUUGGAAGACGCUGAGCAUCAUUACCAACAUUUCCAUUUGAAGGAAAGACCCAAUGAGUUCUUUUACAAUAAAAAAGUCGCUGGCGUACAAGUACUUCUGGCGCAAAUGACUGGGCAACCGGAAUACCAAAAUGCUGCACGUGCAUUCUGUGACUUUACUGUCUGGCAACAGAAGAGAACUCCCAAAGGUCUUCUUUACAUUGACAAAUUCGGUACACUCUGUCACGCUGCGAACGUCGCCUUUCUCUGUCUCGAGGCUGCUGAUUCACCACAAGUCGGUGAUUCGCAAGCUUAUCGUGAAUUUGCCCAGGAACAGAUACACUAUAUGCUCGGCGGAGGAGGAAGAAGCUUCGUUGUCGGAUGGGGUCAUAAUCCUCCUGUGCAGCCACAUCACGCUGCGUCUUCUUGUCCGGAUCUACCUGCACCCUGUGGCUGGCCCGAAUUCGAUAGGAAGGGACCAAAUCCUCAGAUCCUUUAUGGGGCCCUUGUCUCAGGCCCUGAUGAAGCUGAUAAGUAUCAUGAUCAUCGCGAGGAUUACGUCUAUACGGAGGUAACCCUGGAUUAUAAUGCUGGGUUCACUAGUGCCCUUGCGGGUUUACUUCAACUUCGUGUUAAGAGUGGUACUUAAAUUUAUUAGGUUGAUUAUUCGUACUCUUCAUUUUUCAUGGAUACACUUCUAUGAGUCUUUCUAGUUUGAGUAGGAAUUUUUUGUGGAACGAAUAACAAGUGGGUGUACUUCAGUCUAUUGAUUGCGAGCUUUUGAUACUCUGGGAAUUCGUUUUCUCUUGUAGAUGGAAAAUGAAGAAUUGUUUUUUAACUUCAAAAGACACGUCACUCCUGUAUUUGACGUGUACUGUUGAAAUUCUAUGAGAAUGUAAAUAAUGUUAAUUUAAUAGGUGUAUGAUCAAUUCAUAAGUUAAUUCACUGAGAUAUUAAUUUUUUUAUAUACAUAAAGUAAAAAUGUACAUUUUGGCCCUGUGAUGAUAAUCGUUGGCAACUCUGUAUAAUUUUCGCACAUGCCAUACGUAACGUGAAUCUAUAUAUGAUUUAAAGAAUUUUACAGAUUCACUUAAAUUUUAUCGUAGCAUACCGAUCACGUGCUUAUUAUACAUUGAAUGGGCUAUGAUUAUUCAUUUGAUUAAAUUAAUUAUUAUCCUUCGGUUAUUUGUUUCCUAUAGCUUGGUUCGUCUAUAUUAAGUCUAUCUCGAUGGAAAUCGCGUACGAUUCGACAAGUUAUAAUUAUCUGUUUAUAUUCCGUAAUAACGUUGCUAUUCGCAAGGAACAUUAUUUAUCACGGUAAAUAAUGUUAUCGCUAAGACUUUUCUUUUUUUACUUUAUUAUUAACGAUAAUUUUUUGUAAAUUAAGCGUAUGAAUCACUUAGAGCGUAAGAGUUUUAUUGUCGUCGCAGGCUGUGCAAAAGUCUACUUUAAUAAUAUCUAUAUAGUGUAUCGGUAACGUAACAGCAUAGCAAAGGAGAAUGAUGUAUCAUAAUUUCACAACACAAGAAAUAAAUCAUAAUGCGCAGGUAAAUGACGAUACGUUAAUUUAUAACUUUUUAUACAAUUUUAUGAAAUCAAUGCAUGUCUUAUUGAUGAAGAAAAAUUUUCUUUUUGCACUCGAUCAACAUAGCAUUUUCAUUAAAUACAGUGAUAUCAAUCGCAAUUUUAUUAUAUCUGACAAUCGUCGAUAUAGCGUAAUAUAAUAAACUGGAGUCUGUUUAUACGA